UGUGUUAUAAUUUAGUUUUUCUUUAAUUUUCCCUACAUUCGGCCGCUAUUUUCUAAUAAAGUACAAAAAAUUUUAAUAUUUUUACAAAAAAAAACCAUAAAUUUUUAAAAGAAAAACUAUGAAUCCUUGUACUAUCUGUAAAACGGAAACAAAAAAUAGUUGUUCCAAUUGUAAACAAGUAUUUUACUGUUGUGUGGAGCAUCAAAAACAAGAUUGGAAAAAUCACAAGAAAAAUUGUCAUCCAUAUAAGAUUGUACAAAAUGAAGAAUUGGGACGUCAUUUGAUCACCACCCGUACUAUUAAACCCUUUGAAAUUAUUUUGAAGGAGGCUCCUUUAUUCCGUGGUCCCUCUCAGCUAACUCCACCGGUAUGUUUGGGUUGUUUGAAUGCUAUUGAACCCACAGAUUAUAUAAAUUGUGAACAAUGCGGUUGGCCCUUGUGUGGUGUUGAAUGCAAAAAUAAAGAUGAACAUCGUUUCGAAUGUGAAUUGACCGUUAAACGCGGCAAAAAGGUGAACGUACAGGAAUUCACCAAUCCUCAUCCAUUGUAUCAAUGUUUGAGUACAGCCCGCUGUUUGAUGUUGCGCGAUAAAGAUGCUGAGAAAUGGAAACAAAUUAAUGAGCUAGAAUCGUUAGAGGAUCAAAGACGUGGUUCUAUGCAAUGGAAGGCCGAUUACGAAAGUGUUUGUAAAUUUAUUAUAAAAUAUUUCAACACUCAAUUAUUUAGUGAAGAUGAAAUUAUGCGCAUUAUUGGCAUAUUACAAAUCAAUGGCCACGAAGUGCCCACCUCUGAUCCAGCCCAUGUUGGUAUUUUCUAUAACGCUUCAUUCCUAGAGCACUCCUGUACACCCAAUAUAGCCAAAAGUUUCAAUAAAGAUGGUCAUCUUGUACUCUGGGCACCCAAGGAAAUUAAGAAAGGUUCUCACUUAAGUAUCUGUUAUUCAGAUGCUGUAUGGGGUACUGCCGAUCGUCAGCGUCAUUUAAUGCAAACUAAAAUCUUUAAAUGUCAAUGUCCUCGCUGUAUUGAUGUUACCGAAUAUGGUACCAAUUAUAGCGCUUUAAAAUGUGAAAAAUCCGAAUGUAGAGGUUUAAUGUUGCCAGCUAAUUUGAAUGAUUGGCAUAAGGAUUGGACUUGCAAGGAAUGCAAGCAUCAAGUGGACAAGACUUAUGUUAAUAAUAUCUUGGAAAGAGCCGGCAGUGAUUUGAAUGCCAUGGAUAAAACAAAGGAAAAUUGUCUCAAAUAUCUAAGUCACUAUGGUAGAUGGUUACCUAGUCAUCAUUACUAUAUGUGUGAAGUCAAAAUACAUUUGGUGCAACAAUUGGGCAAAGAACCUCAAGAACUUAUGAUUUUACCAAAUGAAGAUUUAAGAAUAAAAUUAGAAUACGGCAGAGAGUUAGUGGAAUUAUAUGAAAAAUUGGCGCCAUGCGAAGUUCGCAUGUUAGGUACACUUUGCUUUGAAGUUCAUUCCGCUGUAGCAGAAAAUACUCGCCGUAUUUCCUUGGAAACUAGUUUAUCACCCAAAGAACUGCUAGAAGAAGCCUUAAUGUAUGUGGAAAAGUCUGUUAAUUAUCUGCAAUAUGAAUCGGAUAUAUUUGUGGAAGGACAUAUGUUGAAACAAGCCAAAAUUAAUAGAGAUGCUUUAAAAAUGGUCAUAAGAAUGUAAAAAUAUUCAGUUAUUUCAAUUUUUUGUAUAAUUUAAAUAAAAUGUUUAAUAAAAUAAAAAAAACAAAUUUUCAA